ACUAGGUUCCAUUGAGUCCUGGACUACGUUCAGGACUUCCCGAUAUCCAUACUUGCAGAAUGGCUAUCGCGAAGGCCUUUAUAGCUGUGCCAGAGGUUGUUAGACCUCAAGCCAAUGGCACUGGUACAUCAGCUAACGAGUCCGCGUGUGCUGUUGAAGCCGCCGUGGGAGAUGGUGGAACAACACUUCUGCUUGCGGUGGAAUAACUACCGCACAAACAUAACAGCAGAGUUUGAGACCUUGAGGGAAGGGGAGCACUUUGUGGAUGUUACCUUAGCUUGUGACGGUCAACAACUGAAGGCACACAAGGUUGUCCUCUCAGCGUGCAGUCCUUACUUCAAGGAGCUUCUACAGGGAAAUCCAUGUACACACCCGAUCAUAAUAUUACGUGAUGUGGCAUAUACACACAUGAGAAGUUUACUAGAAUUCAUGUAUGCGGGGGAGGUUAACAUCUCUCAAGUUCAGUUGGGUGCCUUCCUACACACUGCCGAGGCUCUUAAGAUCAGAGGCUUGGCAGAAUCAUCCGACGACCGUAAAGACCAUGGAGGAUUGAACAGCAUAUCUCCUUUGUCAGCAUUGAAGUCCUCAUUAAGUGGACUAGGAAAUAUAGCAAUGGGUGGAAUACCUGCACCUUCCAUUUUAGAAAGGCCCCUUGUGCCUCAGUUGUUACCGCACCAUACAGACAAGCAAGGGAACCACCUCACCACGCAACUCCACUUACCCCCUCAUUUGGUGCCUCCUCCCCUUUCCUUGGCAGGCGGUACCCUCCCGACACCACCUCAAGGGGUGACUGGUGGCCCUCCAAGCAGCAGCAGCAGCAGUAGUAGUAACAGCACUAACUGCAGUGCCACAGGCAUUCCUCAAGGGCCUCUACCCCUCACAGUGGUAUCUCAAGCCAGUGAAAGACCCCCACGCUUGGAAGCACCCGAACGCACCCCUUCCCCACCCCCUCCCUUGCCACCCUGCAAACGGCUUCGUUUAGAAAGGAUGGCCAUGUUAGAUCCUCCUCCUGAAAAGAACAACCAUGGAGAGACUACCAAUGGCACAGCCUCCUCUACUAUAACCACCACCCCAACCACCAUGCCUGCUGAUGAAGUCAUUCAUACUGUGCCCAAGGUAUGUUCCAGCGUUGAGCUUAAUGUUUUGGGAGGCAUUAAGGUCCUUUUCCUCAUUAAAUAUGCAAUGCAUUGUAAUAUAGAAAAGAAGGAAAAUAAAACUGUUGAAAAAUUUGAUUUCAAGAGAGGCGAGUAUGGGGAACUGAACAAGAUUAGUUCAACAGAAAAUGUAAGGGCCAGAGAAAAGGAAGAGGCCUACCCUUCAAACAUAUCGGCAGUACAAAUAAAUAAGAAACGACUACAUGACAGUGAGAAGAAAAAUAGAAAGAAAAUUUGA